GGCGGGCUUCCGCUGCGGCGUGCGAAACCGAGCCGGGGGCAUAACAUUCCCGCGUCCCCUCUCGGUUCCCGCCGACCCGCUGGGAUGUGACGGAGCCCUCAGCGCUCGCCUCCCGCCCUCAGAGGCGGCCCAGAGAGCGCACUGGGCGCCCGCGGCUGGAGUCCCUGUGCCCGCAGCGCCGCGGGACGGGAGUGGCGAGGAGCCCCGGGGGCCGGUUCCCGGCUCCCACUCUUCAGAAGGAGCGGCUGGGGAUCACCGCUUCCCUGGCGCUGGGCACAACUCCGGGGCCAGCAGCGCGCGGCUGGACAGAGUCCCGCUUCCCGCCGACUGACUCACCGGGACUGGGGGACAGCGCCUGCCCACCUGCACUCCCUGCAGCCCCAGAUUCUCUGCACCCGCGCGGAUCCCCCACGCCGGGGGGCUGAGCCCCGCGGCUCCCGGCCCCCCGCAGCGUCCUCGGACCCCAUGGAGAAAGCGCCCGCCGCGGCUUCCUGAGUGCCGGCUCCGCCGCCGUCCAAACUGCGCGCUGGGGUCUUCCAACUCGCCCCUCUUCGGGGCGUCCGAGAGGCCGGGGAAGAGCACACCAUGAAGUCCGUUCUGUUCAGCCGCUUCUUCAUCCUCCUGCCCUGGAUCCUAAUCGUCAUCAUCAUGCUCGACGUGGACACGCGCAGGCCCGCGCCCCCGCUCACCCCGCGCCCCUACUUUUCUCCCUACGUGGUGGGCCGCGGGGGCGCCCGACUACCGCUCCGCAGGGUUGGCCCCGACAUUGGCCCCGGGCGCCGCUGGAUGAAGCGCAACGAGUCGCGGCCACAGCCCCAGCCGCGGCCGGAGCCGCCUCUGCCCACCAUCUAUGCCAUCACGCCCACCUACAGCCGCCCGGUGCAGAAAGCCGAGCUGACCCGCCUGGCCAACACGUUCCGCCAGGUGGCGCAGCUGCACUGGAUCCUGGUGGAGGACGCGGCGGCGCGCAGCGAGCUGGUGAGCCGCUUCCUGGCGCGGGCCGGGCUGCCCAGCACGCACCUGCACGUGCCCACGCCGCGGCGCUACAAGAGGCCGGGACUGCCGCGCGCCACGGAGCAGCGCAACGCGGGGCUCGCCUGGUUGCGCCAGAGGCACCAGCACCAGCGCGCGCAGCCGGGAGUGCUCUUCUUCGCCGACGACGACAACACCUACAGCCUGGAGCUGUUCCAGGAGAUGCGAACUACACGCAAGGUCUCCGUGUGGCCGGUGGGCCUGGUUGGUGGACGACGCUAUGAACGCCCGUUGGUGGAAAACGGCAAGGUUGUCGGUUGGUACACCGGCUGGAGAGCAGACAGGCCUUUUGCCAUCGACAUGGCAGGAUUUGCUGUAAGUCUUCAAGUCAUCUUGUCCAAUCCGAAAGCCGUAUUUAAGCGUCGUGGAUCCCAGCCCGGGAUGCAAGAAUCUGAUUUUCUAAAACAGAUAACAACAGUUGAAGAACUGGAACCAAAAGCAAGUAACUGCACCAAGGUUCUCGUGUGGCACACGCGGACAGAGAAGGUUAAUCUGGCCAACGAGCCAAAGUACCACCUGGACACGGUGAAAAUCGAGGUAUAGACUGAGCAGCAACUGGCGCAGCUUGCCCGGCUGGCGGACGUGGGCGACGACGCGUGGCUCAGGGACCGUUCCUUUACUCCGGCGCAGCCGCCGUUACUGUCAGCGACGGACACCUGUGUGAGCAGAGCUCGCCAGUCAACACGACCGACUGGACGGUACCAAAUGUGUGUUUUUGUCUUCGUUUGUUCUGCAUGUUUUCCCUACAAUGAACCUGGAAGUUCUGUAGAGUUCGGCUAGUGACAGUGCAGGAUACCCCUGUGAGUAUCUCAUAUCCUUUUUUAAUCUGGCCUUAGAAUUGGUGGAACUGAAUAGGUUUUAGAAACAAAUGACAGGUAUUUUGUUGACUAAAUGUUCCCAAUUCCUCACUUUGCAACCUUAAGUCAUUUUCGUAUGGUUGGCGGCAGUAUACACUGUAGAAAUAAAACCCACAAAAAUAAAAAGGUCUAUGGAUUCAUCUGUUUAAUAUAGGGAUAUAACAUUUUGUCAAUACUAGGCACCAUAAAAUGUAAACACAAUUACUGUCAUAAACCUGGAUAUACCUUCAAGGAUUGAAAGUGGCUUUGUUCAGUUACCCUGUUUGCGUAUAGUGCAGAGAAAGGUCUUCACGUUAUUAGCACUAUGUACAUAAGAAGAGAUCCAAAUUACAAGAGAGGAGGAUAAAAUUUGAGUUCUUUAAACACUCGUUAAAUUAAGUUUUGUAGUAACAUCCAGGUUUAUCUUCCUUUCGCUAACCACGUUCCCUGUUAAGCACAUCAUAACAACAGCACAGUGAAGUGAAUGAUGAAAUAAAAUAAUUUUGAUACACUAGAAAACAGUGCUCAGUGACACAUUUACAUUCUAUUUAUAUGAUUAAACAUUUGAUCAUACAGUACCUUCCUACAGGAUUACUGGCUAAUUUGGGGGUGGGGUUUAUACUGUUAGAGGUUAUUACUAACAUGAUAACUACUUCCCUUAUAUGCAAACAGUAGAGCUAUAAUUUUACCGAGAGUAAAACUGAUUAUGCAAGUUGACUGAGCAGCUUCUCAAAUAAUGUGGUUGACGAAAUCAUGGGAAAUAAGCAAAGCUGCCCCUGACAUAAAAUGGUUUCUCAACCUGCUUUUCACAUCAAAUUUAAUUUGUACGGACCAACACGGUCAGUCAGAUAAGUCUUAAUAUGAACAAAUGGGGAAAAGAAAAAAAUUAUAUGUACAUGAAUAAACAGGGGAGCUAGAUGCGUUUUAGCAAGGAGUGUCAGGCGGUAGUUCUGGAUGAAACUCGCAGUGCAGUUUUCAUUUCCACAGCUGUGUGCUCAGAGUCUGACCCGACGAGCUUCCGGACCAGCCUGCCGUUGUGCUGGGGGGCUGGCCGAAACCCACCGCCGGGUUUGUGCUGCCGAUGCUCAUGCCAGCCAUUUGCUGAUUCAUCUGGGAAACAUAAAAGGCUUAUUUUAUGAAGUUUACUUUGCUUUUAAUUCCUUUUGAAACAUUUUUAAGCUACCCUGUUUUAUUAGAAGCUGCCUCUAUUUGAGGUUAAUUUAGUCAAAGAGAUAAUGAAGUUUAAUAGCAAUUAUAGAAUUAUUUUUCAACAAUAUGAAAAUUAGUCAAAGCACUAGGGUAAAAGACUACCAAACAAUUAUUUCCCUAGAGAAGGCAAACAGCUGUUUUGUUUCCUUCUACUUUUUUUUAAAUGAUCUCAAUCAUAUUUAUUCAAGACUCCAUUUCCUGUCCCCCAAAGAUUAACCACAACUGAAAAAAAAGCACCAAAGCAAUCUUUGAAUUUGUAUCAGAGUCUACUAUUCUGACUUCCAACUAUUUAUCAGGAUGUUGUGCUUUAAUCUGAAGAAAUUUCAGAAAGUCAAAUACUCCCAAAACUAUAUAUUGUAUAUGACAACUAUACUGUCUUUGUUAAAAUCUUAAAUGGUUCUAUAUACUUACUAUGAAAAACAUACAUUUACUUUUGCUUAAUCACUAAACAUCUAAAAUUAAUUUUCAUUACAUAAGAUAUAAGAUUACCUGUAUUUUUCUUCCAGACUGGAAUUAUAUAUGUAUAUAAGCAUCCUAACCCUUUUCCUAUGGUACUCUUGCUUCUAAGAUUGAUGAUAAUAAGUAAAGGCAAGAUUUAUCACAAAGUAGAGUGGAUUCAAAAUCUGUGCUUAGGGUUGGAAUGUGUUCUUAAUAAAGUUCAUUAGUUGUCUUGCAAAGACACUGAUGUUCACCACUCUGCUGCUGAGGCAUAAGUGUCCAUGUCUUCAUACCAACUAAGGGGUGUUAUAACCACCUUGUUGGCCCCAGAUUCCACUGAGAGGUGCUGGAAAGCAGCAGCACCUCUCAGCAUGCCUGAGAGUAGAGUCCAAUGGUCACUCCUUACUGGUUUGGUUCGUCCAGCACCUUAGCGUGGAGCUGGUGUGCUUCAGCAUCCUGGCUACACAAAAGCUGUUACUGACAUUUGGUACUUGAGGUUCCCAGAGGGUAGACACCAAUGUCAUACAGAUAAUUCCUUUAAACAGUGACAGGAGGGGCACCUGGCUGGCUCAGUUGGUAGAACGUGUGACUCUCGAUCUUGGGAUUGUGAGUUCAAACCCCAUGGUGGGUGUGGAGAUUACUUUACUUAAAAAAAAAAAUCUUUAAAAGAGAAUAAACAGUGAUUUUAUCACUAUACACUGUUAUCUGAAUGCUCUCAAGGUAAAACAGCUGAACAGAAACCAAGAUUCCCCCCAGUGCUAGAGGAACAUCAAGUCAGAACUGUCAAGGGAAGAGGAGCUGGAGCAUGAACCUAAGUCUAAGGGUCUUCGUCUAUGCAGAAAAGUCAGAAUGGAGUGCUAACACAGACUGAAAGAAGUUUUCUUAGUAUAUUAGCGCUUGGCUUUAAAUUAAGUAGAAAUGGGAUUUUAUAAUGUAAGGGGAUGUCUGAGAUAAAUAUGGACUUGUCCAUAAGUAAAAAGGAAACCCAACUUUAAAAAGGUUUUUAAACAAAUAUUUUAUAUAAAGCCAGGGGCAGUAGGCAUAUGACAUGGAGAACAGCCUUGACAGAUCCCUUACAAAAUAGUGCUUUGAGACUAGGUUACCAAAACAAAAAUAAAACCCAAAACUAGUAGUGAAAAUAGGCUGGUCAAAGUGGACUAUAAAAUGCCCCUGGGAGCUGGGUUGAAGCUUGGUGCUAAUUUCACAGGGAGCGGGGAGGAAGACGCCCAAGAUAAUUUCUAGCUGUUACAAACGAGAUGUUCACUAGUGUUAUAAUCUGAAAUGAAAAAGUGCUUAACAUUGCUUUACAGAACACUCUAAAUAUAGGGUCAGCGACAGCUCAGUGGUCUAUUUAGGCAUUAUGAAGUUACUAUAUCACAGUUCUCAUCUGAUACAAUACCUCUACUCAAAUCUUUUGUCACAUUGUUAUAGUUAAAUAAAACCGUUCAGAAAAUGAAUCCCCUUUCUUUGAUUUCAGAGACACUGGAGAGUAAAUGACCCCCCUACCUGUGAGAGGUUCCACUGGGGCUGCUGAGUCUGCGGCAGGCCAAAUUUACUCGGGGGCGCACCCAUCUGUCCCACCAUUCCUCCGUGGGGGCCAACCACAUUUGGAGGAAUUGGCAUCACACCAGUCUGUGCGUUUCCCAUAAACCCAUUGGGCAUGGGCAUGCCCACCAUCAUGCUUGCACUCUGUCCCAUCACAUUUCCUAGAAGGCCAGGAGCUGCAGGCGCAGGCACAGGCACACCCAUUGGUGGGAAACCUUGAAAUGUAGUCGGUGCUUGUGAGGUAAAUGGUAUAUUUGUGGGUCCCAUAAACACACCUGCAUUUUAAGAACAUGAACAGAAAAUGAAGAAAGCAGGGCCACUGUAUACAGCUGCACUCACCUGCCUCUAUAAUCACAGAAGGAUCACCAACUAUCUUUCUGAACACCCCACAGCAAAAUUUUAAUUUCAGUCUGCUCCUACUGCUCAGACCAACUCAAACCUACAUGCUCAGAGCUGGUUACUUCCCAAAUGCACACAAAUCAGUUACAAAACUGAGCAAAUUUAAUUAGGAUAGAUCCAAUGCAAUCGCCAUAUAGAUUCUGGUGAGAUUAUGUGCUGUCUGGGCAGGGCUGGACUCCCACUAGCAAACAUGCAACUGAGAGCUGAUGGGGUCUAGCUUUAAUGGAAGCAAGCGCCCUAGAAUUCCAGCUUCUUAUUGAGGAGAGAGUGGAUCUGACAGAGUCAAACUAUGUGAAUCAUCCUUCCUGUGCCAGUCUUUCAUUUUAAUUAUUAACUCAGUUUUGAAAUUCAUGUGAUAAUUCAGACUGCUUAUUGUUUACUUACAGAGAAAAUACCAUACUGCACACAAAGUUAACUUCAUGCAAAUCAAAGCAAUUCUUCAAAAACAGUCCAUAUCCUGUAAGCUUGUGAAACAAUAUUAAGUGAUAUGUGAACAGCUUGUUACUUCUAAAUAAAGUUUUGUGAAUCCUGUA